AGAAUGGCUCGCUUCUCAGAAGAUCUCCCCAGCCGCUAUGGAGGAGGUGGUGGAGGCGGAGGCAGAGGUGGACCGGGCGGCGGGAGAGGGGGUGCCCGGGGUGGCGGUGCUCCAGGGGGCCAGAGGAUGUACAAGCAGUCGAUGGCUCAACGAGCCAGGACAAUGGCCAUAUACAACCCCAACCCUGUCAAACAAAACUGCUUCACCGUCAACCGCUCCCUGUUCAUCUUCCGCGAGGACAACCUCAUUCGGAAGUAUGCAAAACGAAUCACCGAGUGGCCUCCCUUCGAGUACAUGAUCCUCUCCACCAUCAUCGCCAACUGCAUCGUCCUCGCCCUGGAGCAACACCUGCCCGUCAACGACAAGACGCCCAUGUCCGAACGGCUGGACCACACAGAGCCCUACUUUAUAGGAAUAUUCUGCUUCGAGGCGGGCAUCAAGAUCAUCGCCCUGGGCUUCGCUUUCCACAAAGGCUCGUACCUGAGGAACGGCUGGAACGUCAUGGACUUUGUGGUCGUCCUCACCGGCAUCCUGACGACGGUGGGUGCAGACCGUGGUCUCGACCUGAGGACCCUGCGGGCAGUCCGAGUCCUGAGACCCCUCAAGUUGGUGUCAGGAAUACCAAGUCUCCAGGUGGUUCUGAAGUCCAUCAUGAAGGCCAUGGUUCCUCUGCUCCAGAUCGGCCUGCUGCUCUUCUUCGCCAUCGUCAUGUUCGCCAUCAUCGGGGUGGAGUUCUACAUGGGGAAGUUCCACACGACCUGCUUCACCAUCGACACUGGUGACAAGGUCACUGAUUGGCCGUGUGGCAAGGAGCCCCCGGCCCGGACGUGUCCCAACGGUACAGAGUGUAAGGAGUACUGGACGGGCCCCAACUUCGGCAUCACCAACUUUGACAACAUCCUGUUCGCGGUGCUCACCGUGUUCCAGUGCAUCACCAUGGAGGGCUGGGUGGACAUCCUCUACAACACCAACGAUGUGGCGGGAAACACUUGGAACUGGCUGUACUUUGUCCCCCUCAUCAUCAUCGGCUCCUUCUUCAUGCUCAACCUGGUGCUGGGUGUCCUAUCAGGGGAGUUUGCCAAGGAGAGGGAGCGAGUGGAGAAGAGACAGGAGUUCCUGAAGCUUAGGAGACAACAGCAGAUAGAGAGAGAGCUGACUGGGUACCUGGAGUGGAUCUGUAAAGCAGAGGAGGUGCUCCUGGAGGAGGAGGAUGAGAAUGCGGAGGAGAAGUCCCCCCUGGAUGGAGCGUGGUAUAAAAUGAACCAGAACCUACCAGUCAUGAAACGGGGAAAGGUCAAAAAGGGUAAAAACGACCUCAUGAAUGCAGAGGACGGAGACGACCCCUACGCAGAUAUUUCAUCUGUUGCGCCCCCCGGCUCCCCGUUCGGCCGGGCCAGUGUGAGGAGCAGCUCCCGGCUGGACGGCUCCGCCUACCUGCGGCGCAAGGAGAAGCGGAUGCGCUUCUUCAUCCGGCGCAUGGUGAAGGCCCCGAGCUUCUACUGGCUGGUGCUCUGCCUGGUGGGCCUCAACACGCUGUGUGUGGCCAUCGUGCACUACAACCAGCCCGACUGGCUCACCCGGGCCCUCUACGCGGCUGAGUUCAUGUUCCUGGGUCUGUUCCUGACGGAGAUGUCCCUGAAGAUGUACGGCCUAGGGGCCCGCAACUACUUCCACUCCUCCUUCAACUGCUUCGACUUCGGGGUGAUCGUUGGCAGCAUCCUGGAGGUGAUCUGGGAUAUGAUCAAACCAGGAGCCUCCUUCGGCAUCAGCGUCCUCCGAGCCCUGAGGCUGCUGCGCAUAUUCAAAGUCACCAAGUACUGGAACUCGCUGAGGAACCUGGUGGUGUCCCUGCUCAACUCCAUGAAGUCCAUCAUCAGCCUGCUCUUCCUCCUCUUCCUCUUCAUCGUGGUCUUUGCCCUGCUGGGCAUGCAGAUCUUUGGAGGACAGUUUAACUUUGAAGAGGAGACGCCCACCACUAACUUUGACACCUUCCCAGCCGCUAUCCUGACAGUCUUCCAGAUCCUCACCGGCGAGGACUGGAAUGCAGUGAUGUAUCAUGGGAUUGAGUCCCAGGGGGGCGUGCGGCGCGGAAUGUUCUCCUCCGUCUACUUCAUCGUGCUCACACUCUUCGGAAACUACACCCUGCUGAAUGUCUUCUUGGCCAUCGCGGUGGAUAACCUGGCCAACGCGCAGGAGCUAACCAAGGACGAGGAGGAGCAGGAGCAAGCAGCCAAUAAGAAGCUUGCUCUGCAGAAGGCCAUGGAGGUGAAGGAAGUCAGUCCCAUGUCUGCCGCCAACAUCUCCAUCGCCGCUUUUGUAAAGCAAAAUCGAGACGUGAUCUCUCGCAGGUCCUCCAUCGUCAGCGUACAAUCACCGACAUAUAUUAUCUACUCCCCCGCAAGAAGAAUCUACAGUAAGGAGCAGCACCGCUCGGCGCGCUCCAUGUCCGUGUGGGAGCAGCGGACCAAUCAGCUGCGGCGGCACAACGUGCGCGCCAGCAACGAGGCGCUCUUCAACGAGCUGGACCCCGAGGAGCGGCUCCGCCUCACCGCCGCGCUGCACCUCAACCGCCCCGACGGCCACUCGCACCUGGACCGGCCGCUCGUCGUCGAGGGCAACAACGGCGGCGGUAACGGGGAGAGGAAGGGGCGCUGCUCUCGUAUGCUCCGAGCUCAGUCCACGAUGGACGUAGACGAGUGGAGGCAGAACAGAGCCAAGACACACCGGGAGCGUCACGCGGACCCGGGCCUGGACAGCUCGGCCUCCAGCCCCAGCCAGCUGCUGGGCAGCGAGCUGAGUCUGGACGAGAAGCAGGAGGACGCCGACAACCUGAAGAACUCCAGCCGGGCCAGCCAGGCCGGCCUCAACAGCAACGCCGUGCACAUCCCCGUCACCGUCACGGCCCCGGGGCCCGGAGAGACCACCAUCAUACCCAUGAACAACAUAGAGUGUGAAGGUUUCUCGUUCUCAUCGGAAAAGAAGGAUCUGGAGGAGCAGGAGGCCAACGGGCCCAAGGGCAUCCUGCCCUACAGCUCCAUGUUUAUCUUUGGACAGACCAACCCGAUCCGACGUCUCUGCCACUAUGUGGUGAACCUGCGGUACUUUGAGAUGUGCAUCUUGUUGGUCAUCACGAUGAGUAGCAUCGCCCUGGCUGCUGAGGACCCUGUGCAGGCUAACGCGCCGCGCAACAAUGUUCUCAAAUACCUGGAUUAUGUUUUUACUGGAGUCUUUACGUUUGAGAUGGUGAUUAAGAUGAUCGACCUGGGACUUCUCCUCCACCCGGGAGCCUACUUCAGAGACCUCUGGAACAUCCUGGACUUCAUCGUGGUCAGCGGAGCGCUGGUCGCAUUCGCCUGCUCGGGGACCAAGGGUAAGGACAUCAACACCAUCAAGUCCCUGAGGGUCCUCCGAGUGCUGCGUCCCCUCAAAACCAUCAAGAGGCUGCCUAAGCUCAAGGCGGUGUUUGACUGCGUGGUGAACUCUCUGAAGAACGUGCUGAACAUCCUCAUCGUCUACAGGCUCUUCAUGUUCAUCUUCGCCGUCAUCGCCGUGCAGCUGUUCAAGGGCAAGUUCUUCUACUGCACCGACGAGUCCAAGGGCCUGCAGAAGGACUGCAGGGGUCAGUUCCUGGACUACGAACGGGAUGAGGUGACGGCCAAGACCCGGGAGUGGAAGAAGUAUGACUUCCACUACGACAACGUGCUGUGGGCCUUCCUCACCCUCUUCACCGUGUCCACCGGUGAGGGCUGGCCCAUGGUCCUAAAGCACUCGGUGGACGCCACCUACGAGGACAAGGGGCCCAGUCCGGGCUUCCGCAUGGAGACCUCCAUCUUCUACGUGGUCUACUUCGUGGUGUUCCCCUUCUUCUUCGUGAACAUCUUCGUGGCCCUCAUCAUCAUCACCUUCCAGGAGCAGGGGGACAAGGCCAUGGCGGAGUGCAGCCUGGAGAAGAACGAGAGGGCGUGUAUAGACUUUGCCAUCAACGCCAGGCCCCUGACCAGGCACAUGCCAGAGAACAAGGAGUCGUUCCAGUACCGGAUGUGGAAGUUUGUGGUGUCCCCUCCGUUUGAGUACGCCAUCAUGACCAUGAUCGCACUCAACACCAUCGUCCUCAUGAUGAAGUUCUACGGCGCCCCAGCCCCCUACGAGGCCAUGCUGAAGUACCUCAACAUCAUCUUCACAGCCCUCUUCACCCUGGAGUGUAUCCUGAAGAUCAUCGCCUUCGGACCCCUGAACUACCUGAAGGCGGCGUGGAACGUGUUUGACUUUGUGACGGUACUGGGCAGCAUCACGGACAUCUUGGUGACGGAGUGUAAUACGGACAAGCUGAUCAACCUCAGCUUUCUGAGACUGUUCCGGGCGGCGCGGCUCAUCAAGCUCCUCAGGCAGGGCUACACCAUCCGGAUCCUGCUGUGGACCUUCGUACAGUCCUUCAAGGCACUGCCCUAUGUCUGCCUCCUCAUCGCCAUGCUGUUCUUCAUCUACGCCAUCAUCGGCAUGCAGGUGUUUGGGAACAUAGAGCUGAACGAGGCCACCGCCAUCCACUACAACAACAACUUCCAGACCUUCCUCCAGGCCUUGAUCCUGCUGUUCAGGAGUGCGACGGGGGAGGCCUGGCACGAGAUCAUGCUGGCGUGUCUCAGUAACAAGCCGUGCGAUAAACUCUCUGCCACCGUUGGACACGAGUGUGGAAGCGACUUCGCUUACUUCUAUUUCGUCUCCUUCAUCUUCCUCUGCUCCUUCCUGAUGCUGAACCUGUUUGUGGCGGUCAUCAUGGAUAACUUUGAGUACCUCACCAGGGACGCCUCCAUCCUGGGCCCCCACCACCUGGACGAGUUCAUCCGCGUGUGGGCCGAGUACGACCCUGCAGCCUGUGGUCGCAUGCCCUACCGUGACAUGUUCGAGAUGCUUCGAGACAUGUCCCCCCCGCUGGGCCUGGGCAAGAAAUGUCCGGCCCGCGUCGCAUACAAGCGUCUGGUGAGGAUGAACAUGCCCAUCGCCGAGGACAACACGGUGCACUUCACCUCCACGCUCAUGGGGCUGAUCCGCACCGCUCUGGAGAUCAAGCUGGCGUCUGGGGUCCUGGCCCAGCGCCUGUGCGACGCUGAUCUGAAGCGAGAGAUCAACCGCGUGUGGCCCAGCCUUUCCCAGAAGACCGCUGACCUACUGGUCACUCCACACAAGCAUAAUGAGCUGACAGUAGGAAAGGUCUACGCUGCACUGAUGAUCUUUGACUAUUAUAAACUGAAUCGAGCCAAGAAACUUGCGCAGCAUCUAAAUCUUGGACCUCCGGGUAAAAUGGGGAACCUGUUCCGACCCAUGCUGCCCCUGACCCACAUGGCAGUCAAAGCACCAACCCCUAGUGCCAAACCACUCCCGCCCAAGACCCAGCCCCCCCCGGACCCCCACCCUGAAGUCCCGCCCCCUACUACCACCACCCCCACUACCGUCACCACCGCCAACACCCCCACUACCGUCACCACCGCCAACAGCGCCACCAGCGCCAACACCGUCACCGGCUCCCUGGCCAAUAGGGAGGCAUUACUAAGCCAGAGAAGUGCCAUAAAGCAUUCACAGUCCGGGGACGUAUCGCAGACCGCACACCGGCCUGGCAGACGCAUCUUAAGGAGGGGACAGUCAGAAGACGUGUCGUACUCUGCCGAACCUCAGGAAUUGGUGGAAAUGAGGAGAGUGGAGGUCCUGUCAGAUGAAAAUGAGGAAGAUGACGAUGACGAUGGAUUUCCCCAGGAGGGCCACACCAGAGCUGCCUCCAUGCCAAGGCUCAAUGCUGAGCACUACCGGAACCACCCUCGCCACGCCCCCGGGAAGCACCUGGCACCCAUCGUGGAUCUCAGUCCCAUCAGGCGUUCGGCGUCCUCCCUGAACCCCCAGCGCCCCCUGGAGGUCAACCUGGGGGAGUACGCCCUGGACGCCACCCUCCAGUCCCAGGACAGGGCUCCCCAGCACCACCACCACCACCGCUGCCACCGCCGCCGCGACAAAGACCGGAAGCAGAAGUCCCUGGACAUGGGCGCCACGGAGCGGUCGCCGGACACCCCCACCGGCGUGGCGGCGGACCCCCCUGAGGGUGAGGCGUGGUCCCGGGAGCGAGCCAGGGAGCGGGAGCGGGCCGGGCCUCAGGAGGGGAGACAGCAGCGCUACUACUCCUGUGACCGCUACGGAGGAGGAGGUGGAGGAGGGGGAGGUGGAGGUGGAGGAGGAGGAGGGGGGGGAGUGGGCUCCAGGGAGCACAGCCACGCCAGGUCGGCCGGCCCCAGCCGCUGCACGUCGCCUGGGGAGGGCCCCGACGCUGGGAUCUACAAGCUGGGCGCCAGCAUAAACAAAGGCGGUCCCGUCGUUGUGACAACGCUGACCGCCGCCCGUGGGCGGCGACAGCUGCCGCAGACCCCCCUCACCCCACGCCCUGGGGUCUCCUACAAGACCACCACCCCCACCUCCACCUCCGUUUCCACCUUCACCUCCACCACCACCACCACCACCACCACCGGAGGCCACCAGCACCACCAGUCCUGGGCCGGGGGCCAGGACGACGCUCCCCGGCUGCCGGUGACCAGCAUGGGGUCGGACCCCCACUGCAGCCACCCGCUGCCGGCGCCCUCCUGGGACUCCCCGGCCCAGCGCGGCCUCGUGGAGGACCCAGAGGACUACCAGGACGCUGUCAGCAACCACGGAGGACGAGGAGGGGGCGGAGAGGGACGACCCGCCAGGACCAACACCACCUCUUCCACCACCGCCUCGCAUUCAGGGACGGGGGUCCCGAACGGCUUCCACUUCACCCUGGGGGUCAACGCGGCGACGGGCUCUGGUCCCAGAGGGGGUCUCAGAGACACCACGGAGGAGGACUGGUGCUAGCGUGUCGUCUGCACACACCGUGAGCAGGUGUUCCUGGGUCCAGCCCUGUGCCUGAAGACCCGCUGGUUAAAGGUGGUGUAACAUUAGAGUCAGGUUCUCCUCUCUGACCGAUGGGGAGGCAGGAGGAGGAGGCAACGGAGUGGACCACUGUACGCUCUGAUGAUUAACUCUAAAGGGAUCAGAAAUACCAUUCCACUUUUGUAGUGUUACACGUUUCUUUUUAUACAAAAAUGAAAGAACAACUGAAGAUUUUACAUUUUUUCUACCCCUUCUCAUGCACUGGAAUGCACGUUUUUGUUUUGCAAAAAAUGUAUCAUUACAGGUGAAUAACUCUUCUGCCUUGGCCAGUGGAAUCCUUAUUUUACCCCGCGACAAAAGCCAAAAUAUGAACCCUAACACGUGAAGCCAGGGUAACAUACAUGACUGUGAACGACAGGAAACGUUGACAAACACAGAACCCGUUCGAAGGCCUCUAGCUCACAGCCUGCUUCCUCCUGGUGUAAAGUGAGCGGUUGUAAAUCUCAGUUUGACGGCGUUCGACUCAACAUAAACAAUGUGCUCAGGCCAGGGUCCCAUCUGAUGGAGAACACACCUUCACCAAAGCCUGCCUGCAGGACAUCGUCUGAGGUUUCUCAAGUGGACGUAGGUUUGAUCUAACAUAGCUACUGUGUGUUGUUGCCAGUAUUAAGCAGUUCCUAGAAAGAAAGUCUGGAUAAGUGUAGCUAGCGAAACUGCCGAACUCUCAACCAUUUCCAUGAACGAAGAACAACGUCAGAAAAACGCCAACUAAAGAUUCUAGUUUACUUUGAACGGGACAAAACAGCUUGAGUACCUUUUAUGUUCACAUGCUUUUUUUUGUUGUAAAUUGUAAUGUAUGAUGUACAUUUUCUGAAUGCAUUCAUGGAUUAAAUGGACCUUUUCCUGGAGUUAUGUGGCUGAGUACCAAGUGCCUUGCUUUUCAGAUAUAUUUAUUAAUAUAUUUAAUUCAAUUACAGCCCGAGUCUCGUGAAGGUAUGGGGUAAUUGAGAAAAUAAAAUCACUGAUUAAAUGGUUAUGCAUAUAAAGACAUUAUAUAUAUAUAGAUAUAUAUAGAUAUAGAGAGAGCGAAAGACAUAAAAUAUAGUUGUAAAUACAAUUCAAGGUCAAAUGUUUAUUGAAGUUAAAUGUUUUAUUCGUCUUAACAGCCGCUCAAAUAGUUCGACCCUAAAAUGAGGUGCAGAAACAUUAGAUGACGUUCUUCUGAGUAGUAGGUAAAGCCAGACUACAGGUGCAUACUGAACUUUGAACUGCAUGCCAGGGUUAUGAACUUUGCAAAAGAUAGGUUGGAUUUUGCUCCAGGGUGUACGCUAAGCCUUUCUAUUUCAGACCAUGCUAUGGGUUGUGAUUACAGAAGGGGAGGGGGGUAUUAGAGUAAACAGAGUAUUAUGGUAUGCCAUUUGAUUUAUGGGAUGUUUACCCAAGCGAGCCUCCCUACAUGAAAAUGGCUCCAGUUCAAUCGCAUACCCUUGAUUAUUAAAUCCAGAAUCUCAUCUAUGUCACUUUAUGCACAGUAUAUGAAAACACAUUCUGGAUUUUUUUUGUUUGCCAUAAUUGUAACGAGUUCUGUUCUUCCUGUGCACGUUUUCAUUUCCCGAGAGUAUUAUUUCAAGAGUUCAUUUAUUGCGUUAAGGUUUUGAAUCUGGGCCAUGUUCACAUGAGAAGAGGGAAGAAACAAAUAGAGUUGUCGUUGCUUACUGUUGAUUCAGAGGAGGGCUAUGCAACAACACAACAUAUAACCCUGUAGCUUUACCCCUGUCGGGAAUCCAGUAUUCAAGCUUUACCCGAAUGUGACCAAACUUUUACUGGGAAAUGUGUUUUGUUUGUGUGAGUGAAGAAGAGAUGCAAAUGGAAGCAGUGUUACAUUGUUCUGUGGUUGGAUCAAAUACACACUGAGGCACAAAUUGUAUUUAAAAACGGCAUAUUUGAAAGACAAUUGUUUUAGAUUGAUGAGCUAAAUGCACGAGUGAAAGAAACUACCCAAAUUAUGAAGAUUUUGUGUUUUGUUGAAUCAGAUCUUGUUUAAAACUAUUUUAGAAAUAGCUACCAGUGUUUGUCUCCACAUGUUUUGAGUACCAGAUAUAGCCUACUAUACUGCAGUUUUUAUAGUACCAUUGAAGCAAAUUCAAAGACCAAAAAAUUAUCUGUCCAAUUGAUCGUCUACAGAAUAUUAUCGGCCAACCAGACAUGUAUAAACAACAAAUUAUUUACCAGUAUACGGUAUACCUUAACAUGAAAUCUUGUUCUUUCACGGUGUACCUAAUCAAAUAUCACAUUAAUUUUUUUUUGGUCUUGUGCAUUGUGCCAUCUCCACCAAGUGAAUUACAUGUUUUAUUUUGACUCAAUAUGGUAUGGCAACCGUGGAAUGGAAGUGAAGUGGCAUUAUUGGUGAAAUGGAUGACAUUCAUAUUGUGUUCUACCUGUCUACUAGUCUAAAUGUCCCCGUUUGUUGGUGUAGCUGAGGGGGGAUGACCUGUGUACAUUCCUAGGUUAUAGACACAACCCGAGCCCAUUAUUAAUUAAAACAAUCCGCCCCUUCAAGUCCUAUACUGGAACAACAAGGUGCAACACAUUGUGAGAUGCACUGGUUUUACUGGUUUGUUUAGUUGUGGCUAUCCCCUGCCAGACAUGUCAUGUUUUUUGCAUGUUCUGAAAAAAAUAUGUAUGUGCAUGUUGAAAAAAGAGACAUUGUUUGACUUCACAGUCCAUGAGAUGUAUGUUCUGUUUCCUGGUUGUUUUUCUGGUUCAGGAAAAUAGAGAAAAGCUUGAAUAACGAUUUGAUUUCCAUAUUUGAGUGAAGAUGAUUUUAGGGUUCUCUCUUAAAAAGAGGUUGUGGAGAGGGUGACUCGGUUUGCUGCCUGGUCUGUUACACUUGGCUGUCCAUACGACAGCCAUUUCUACUGUACCAUUCGAUUUUGUAUGAAUAUAGGUUCUUGAAUAA